GUUUUGUUCCAGGUAAACGGCUCGUGGGGUCUUCCAGCCUUUGUGUGCGACGUGUACAUCGCGAUGGACGUCACCUCCUCCACCUCCAGUAUAUUCAACCUCGUCGCCAUAUCUGUUGAUAGGUACAUUGCAGUAACGCAGCCAAUAAAAUAUGCGAAACACAAGAACAACAAACGAGUCUGGUUCACCAUCGUCCUGGUCUGGCUGAUUUCCGCAGCAAUUGGUGCUCCCAUAGUCCUGGGCCUCAAUGACACGCCUGACAGAAACUUCGAUGAGUGCCUCUUCAACAGCCAGAACUACGUCAUCUACUCUUCUUUAGGCUCCUUCUACAUCCCCUGCAUCAUGAUGAUGUUCCUCUAUUAUAAUAUUUUUAAGGCAUUAAGAAACCGAGCAAAAAAGCAGAGAGCAGCAAAAAAGCCGCCAGUAUCUGGUGACCCCAACACAGGAGCCACAACAGCGGUGGUGAUAGAAAACGUGGCUCAAACUAGAAGGCUGGCAGAGACUGCACUACAUGAUGACAGACCAACUAAUACUGGGUCUGGCAGCAAUGAAGAUGAUCACGAAGACAGCUUUGACAAGAGGUCAGCGGAUUUGGAGGCGGACGCGGACGAGUGCCACGUGAUCCCGAACGACAAGUCAACCGAGUUCAUGCUGGCUACUGUCACGGAGGAGACAGUCAACACACCAAAAAGAAACAUCAAAUCUCAAGCAACCCCAGACCCGAAUGGCAACAACGACUCAGGGUAUGCGCCUUCCAACCUUGAGGACACCAUCAGGGAACACGUGUCACCUCCAGGGUCACCAGGCAUGAAAGACGCCACGGUGCUGAAGAACAUGGCAUGCGAUGGAUCCAAGUGGAAGAAGAAUGGGAAGACUUCUUCAAAGUUAUCUACAGAUUCAAGGAACGUGUCACUAGCACUCCGAUCAGAAGAAGAUGUCACAGCCAGCCAGUUCGACCUUCGAGACGGUUCCAGCUCCAAAAAAAAAGAAAAGCUAGCGCAGCAACUGCUCGCUUCACCAUAUACAAAGCAAAUAAAGCCAGCAAGAAGAAAAGAGAGAAAUCUUCUGCAAAGAAAGAAAGGAAGGCCACUAAGACAUUGGCAAUAGUUUUAGGUGUGUUCCUCUUCUGCUGGGCGCCAUUCUUCACGUGUUCAGUCCUCGGUGCCAUCUGCGACAAGAUUGGUCUCUCCUUUGACCCUGGAGUGACGGUGUUCAUCCUGACCACAUGGCUGGGCUACAUCAACUCGUUCCUCAACCCCGUCAUCUACACCAUCUUCAACCCUGAGUUCAGGAAGGCAUUCAGGAAAAUACUCCAUUGCGGCACCUAG